CUUCUAAUUCUAAUCGGGUCGAACACGGGUCUGUGAUAAUCUGCUUCAUUUAGUAUCGCCUUCUUGUCCCAAAAAAUCCACCGCAACCUUUUCAUUUUGCGAGAUUCGCAUGAACUCCGCAGAACCCACAAAAUUAGACGGGCGUGAUGGGAUUCGGAUCAAUCGAUGAGGAGGACAACAUUUCGAAAUGAAGUUUCUUUCCCGCCUCCACUCCACAUCCCCGGCACCGGCGCGAGCAAGACGAACGCUCGAGAUUGCUCCCGCACCUCUCAGUCGCCGUCGCUCGUCUUCCUCCGGAGCUCCUGCUACUCAAGUCGCUCGAGAGCCAAGGCAAGAAGCAUUACCUAAACGUCUGUUCUCUCUGUUGCGGAGACACGGCGGGAGCCGCCGGGUCACGCUGCAGGUUCAUGGUUGGGUCAUCGCUUCUGGGUUACUUUUCAAAGACCGGUCUUCCUCAUCUACAGCGACGCUUCUCUUCAACGCCCUUCUACGUUGUUAUGCUCUUGAUCGGCUCCCUCUAGAAGCUAUCUUGCUCUACAAACACAGCCAAAGCGGCAUUCUUUCUGCCUCCUCCUCUGUUUCCUUCAAUAGCUUCACGUACACUUUCCUUCUCAACUCUUGCGUCGGCUUGGGCUGCACCGUUCCGGGAGUUCAGCUCCAUGGGCUGACUCUGAAGCUGGGUUUUGAGUCCCAUGUCUAUGUGCAAACCGCUUUGGUUUACAUGUACGUGGCUUGUGGGUCUGUAGGUGAGGGGGGGAAAGUGUUCGACAGUAUGCCUGAGAGAAACCCUGUUUCGUGGAAUGUCUUGAUCAGUGGUUUGACGAAAUGGGGUCGCCUUGACCUUGCUCGUUCGCUCUUUGAGGAGAUGCCCGUGCGCACUGUUGUUUCCUGGACUGCAAUAAUUGAUGGUUACACUCGGAUGAAUCAGCCUAGUGAAGCCAUUCAUUUGUUCAGAAAAAUGGUUAAAGAUGAUGGUAUUACGCCGUCUGAGAUAACUAUGCUGACCAUCUUUCCAGCCAUUGCCAACAUGGGGUCUGUGAAAGUUUGCAAAUCUGCUCACUGCUAUGCUGAAAAAAGAGGAUUUAAUUCAUCUGAUAUUCGAGUUUCGAAUUCCCUUAUUGAUUUGUAUUCCAAAUGUGGAUGCAUUAUGAGUGCAUCAAAAUUCUUCGAGGAGAUAAUGGAUGCAAGGAAAAAUUUGGUAUCCUGGACAUCAAUAAUAUCUGCGUUUGCAAUGCAUGGUAUGGGAGAGGAAGCUGCUCAGAAUUUUGGCAGAAUGGAGAUCGGUGGUUUGAAGCCGAACCAAGUGACUUUCUUGAGCAUUUUGAAUGCUUUUAGUCAUGGAGGGUUUGUUGAAGAAGGCUUAAGAUUUUUCGAGAAGAUGGUUAAUGUCUAUCAACUUGUGCCAGACGUUAAGCACUAUGGAAGUUUGGUAGACAUGCUAGGGAGGGCAGGGAGGCUGAAGGAAGCGGAAAAAGUCGCUCUGGAGGUUCCUAGAGAGAUUGCCAACGUAGUCAUAUGGAGGACACUUCUAGGUGCCUGCAGCUUCCAUGGUGAUGUCGAGAUGGCUGAGAGGGCCACCAAGAGGAUAUUGGAGAUGGAGAGAGGAUAUGGAGGGGAUUAUGUGCUUAUGUCUAAUGUCUUCGCUGGUGCUGGAAGGUUUAAUGAUGCUGAGAGGUUGAGACAAUUGAUGGAUCAAACCACUGCAUCCAAGGUUCCAGGGCAAAGUUUGGUCUAAUCAUGCAGGGAUUGAGAAAGGUGAAGGCAAGGAUCUUCAACUGCAAGGAACGAAGAGGGCUGAACCUACUCUCGAGCUAGUGCAGAUUCAAUAUCUACUCAUGGAAGUGUCCCUAUUUUCUGUAUUUAGGGAAAGAAUGAGGGGGCAAGCAUUCUUGACAUUUCGAUAAGCUGCACUUGCUUAUCAUGCUUUGGUAUGACUCCCGAAUGCUUUUGAUACUUACCUCUGCACUUUUGCUACGUGCAAUGAUGCAUCACAGGAACAAUCCACAAUCAUUAUGCUCAAUCUAUCAAACUUUGAAAGCUCGUGUAUCGUGCCUUAGGAUUUGGUGGACAGCUGUGGGUGUUGAUACACUGCUCUGUGUCUUGAAAGGAUCCUAUCCAUCAUUAACAGCUUGUCCAUUGUAAUUUUUUCACUCACACUAGUCUUGCAAGUUCUUCCUGAUAUGCUUUGAUAUUUUUCCAAUUCUAUAAUUUGCAUGGUGGUGCAGAAACUGAUAAGUUUCCCAUGAAAAAAGGGUCAUUCACACAAAGGCAUAUACUUUCACCAUUUUAAUUGAUUUAGAUUUUACAUAUGGCUGAUCUUUCAUCCUGUUUGUGCUGUUUAUUUAUAAGUUACUUGUCGGAAAAAAACUUUACAUUCUGGUUCAUGUGUGAGAAAGAUGCAGCAGAGCAGAGCUGUGUCUUUCCACUCAUCACUUCAAUUGUUCUUUCAUGUUCCCGCUGAAACGGGUUUCCAUGUGAACUAUGAGAAUUAAUAGAAGAACAUACAGACAUUAUUGGAGCAAUUAUCUUGGUUUUUGUUCCAUUAUGUAUCUUUCUCCUUCAAAUAUGGUAGUUCAGCAUCUAAAUAUGAUGUCGACUGCGUUGCUAUAUCAGAUUGGGAAAGAGAAACCUUAACCUCUCUGACAAUGAUCAUUCUUUGUCUUCUAAUGAGUGGGGGGCAAAUUUUAUUUGCUUAUAAAGUGGAGGUUAUUAGCAAUUAGAUCCUGAGUAGUCUUGUUAUUUCUGAAAGUAUAUUGUAUGGUAAAUGCUUCAGUGGGAAAAAAAAAAAAAAAACAGCAGAGAGCUAUCUCAGAAUGCGCUGAAAUGUGGUAAGCCGAUAAUGAGCAAUCAGCUUGCACUUGCCCCUUUCUCAAUUUCACCUUGCUCCCUGUGUGGUGCAGAUUAGACGCCAACAUAUAAUGAACGCGACAAGCAGAAGAGUAUCUCCAACCACGAGAAGAGGUGGGGGAGAGACGGUGGCAUUAGAGUUGCAUUGAUCAUGGAGAAACAUCUUGUUGCCAGCAAAAGAUGCUCUUACCCGACACAGGGGUUGUCUAUUCAUGCAGGAGGAGAGCAACUGCCAAUAGGAAAACAUGAGAAGAAGCUAUGACAAAUUUUUUCGAGAUCGAGCAGCCUACUGG